AUGACUUCCUCAGCCCCCGCCUCGGUGCAAGAACACCGCAACCUCAUCCCCAUCAACAACUUCAUCUCGUCAACCGGCAGCCACGGCUCCCUCAUGGUGACCGACGUCUACAUUUUUCCCGAGAAGCUGGACGAGUUUAUUGCGAUCGUGACGCCCGUGGUGCACCACAUGCGCGCCAUGCCCGAGUGUCUGUUCUGCGAAAUCUCCCAGGACCCGACGGACCCGGCGCAUAUACGGAUUCAGCACAGCUGGACCAAAGGGACCGAGUGGUUUACGGGCGCCUGCGAAUCUCAGCAAUGGUUUGCCGACUACGUCAAGGGACUCGCCGGCAUCGCCGACAAGAGCAGAGGCCGGAGCGUUUCGCAUUUCAAUCGCAUCCCCAUCGACUGA